CAAAGUGAAUAGAAUCAGUUUAAAUUGAUCAUUUCUCCAGUAAACAUUUUUAUGGAAGUGUUAAUUUUUUAUUAAUGAAUUCGCACUUGAAAAGAAUACAUAAAAGAGAUUUUUUCAAGCGUAAGAAAAAGUAAAAGUAAGAAAAUUUGAAUUAAAAAUGACGAAUGAUAUAACAAAGAGUACAGCCAUUGAAAGCAAACAUUCAACCAUUGCCGUUGAAAAUGAUCAUGGAAAAGAAGGAGUUGAGCACACAUUGGAAGAAGCGAUUGAAGCGACAAAAAUUGGAAAAUAUCAAGUCAUUUUAAUUGUCGCCUCUGGCUUGAGCAUAUUGGGAGCGUCUAUAGAAAAUGUAGGCAUAAGUAUGAUUUUGCCGUACAUUAAAUGUGAUAUGAGACCAACAUUGGCCGAGAUGGGUGUUCUAAGCUCAGUUUCAUUUCUUGGCAUUGUUUCAACGUCAUUUUUAUGGGGACUUCUUUUGGAUACAUGGGGCCGAAAAAAAGUUCUAUGUUCAGCUGCCUUUUUGGGAUUUGCUUUUUCAUUUCCAUCUGCAUUUGCAACAAAUACUUCAUUGCUUAUUUUUCUUCGAUUUUUGGCCGGAGCUUUCUUGGCAGGAUGUACGGCUGGUUCGUAUUCGUAUGUAAGUGAAUUUCAUACAUCAAAAACAGCCCCACGUGCGGUAGCAUGUUCAUCUAUUUUUCUGAGCGGUUUAAUGGUCUUCAUCGCAACAAUGGCGCUACUAAUCUUACCAAUGGAUUUUACAUGGCAAAUUUACAGUUUGAAUUUCAAACCUUGGCGUUUGUUUUUAAUUUGUAAUUCACUCAUUAACCUGAUGAACGGCAUAAUAUUUGCAAUACUGCCAGAAAGUCCAAAGUUUUUACUUGCCAUUAACCAACAUGAAAAGGCACUUCAAAUAUUGAAACGAAUCUAUGCCUUUAAUACCGGACUGCCCAAACAGAGCUACCCCGUAGAACGAAUUAAAAGUGAAUCAAUUGGUGGCAAUAGCCUUGCGGGUACUAAGGGAUUUUGCAAUAUUAUUCGAUAUUUGUGGUGUCAAACGAAGCCAAUUUUUCUGCCACCUUUGCUCACUCACACAUGGAAAUUAUGCUUUCUAUUCUUUGUGUUGUUCGCAAUUGGACACGGAACGUUUAUGUGGUUUCCUGACUUUUUGGUCCAGCUUCAAAAUUACAAGGGGCCACCAGAAAUUUUAUGUAAAAUCGUUGAACCAAAAACCAAUUCAGGCGAAAAUGAUUUUGAAAUAUGUGACACAUUAGACAAUAAAAAUACGACAAGCUAUCAAAUUAUGCUGGGAAUUGGCGUUUUCUUCAUGCUAACUGGCGCAAUAUCAAGCUAUUUGCUAAAGAAAAUAUCACCCAAAAAAAUAGUCGGUGUUUGGAUAGUAAUUUCGUCUAGCUGUUGCCUUGCGAUAAAUUUUUUCACUGAUUUCAAAGCGAUUGUGUCGAGUUUCAUUCUAUUUGUCAGUAGUUGCAGCUGUGCUAACAUUGUUAUGUCCGUUGCAGUGAAUUUGUACCCGACACAAUAUAAAGGGAUGGCAUCGGCGACUAUUCUCAUGUUCGGGCGAUUGGGUGGAUUUUUUGGAAGUAAUCUAGUCGGCGUUCUGCUAUCAACCAUGUGCACAAUGAUAUUUUAUGCAAAUGGAACACUUUUAAUCAGCUGUAUCUUCAUCUUUAUGACAAUAAAAUCGAGCGAUAAAAGUGCAAAUAAAUCAAAAGUAUCUGAUUCAUCAUAGAUGAAAAUUCUAGUAAAAAUUAUUAAUUUCAAGUCGAACAAUACUUAUCGAGUAUUUGUUUUAACUAUUAAAGCACUAGAAAGUUGUUGAAGUUGUUUGAUACCAAAUAGCAUUUUGAAAUGAAAUCUUAUCAUAUUUAGACGCUUUUUCAUUCGAAGCUUAGAGAUUACUUAUCGCAAUGGUGUCGUCACAAUUUAUCACCUUCAUGAACAGAUAUUAAAAAUUAUAACCGUUUGCACAAUAAGGUGAUCGUGAUCAUAAAUUUUGAAACAAAAAUCUGUUUAUUAAAUCAUAUCUGUCAAGCGACAUCGA